CUGACUGUUCACAAAGACACUGCUGCUAUCAUUCUUUCGGCCAGGCAAUUUUCGGGUGUUCCCAAUCGUUUCGCUUCCUUUCUUGUCAAAUGUCUGCUUAAUUGUAAUUCUGUCUCGGGAUUCUGUUCUUCGAUCAAGGCAAAAUGCCAUCUGACAUCAGGAGUUUCUUUGGCGGAGGUGGAGGAGCGAACCCAGCGGCAAAGUCCAGUCAAACCGAGACUGCCAAACCCAAGUCCAAGUCCAGCAGCACCCAACGUGGACGAUCUCGGAAAGUUGUCUCCGAUGACGAAGACGAUGAAGUGGUCGAGACAAAGCCCAAGAAAGUCAACACCCCAAAGACGAAGAAAGUGACAAAGCCUGAACCAGCCGAGGAGGAGACUACAAGCUCAGCUUACUUUGCAUCAUCCAAAUCUAAAGCAAAACCUGCAAAAUCUACGCCCGUCAAGGCCUCUUCGACCACCAAUGGCGCAGGAAAGACACCUACGAAACAGGUCAACGGCGGAACCCCAUCUACGGGCCGAAGAUCUUCCAGAAAGACUGCUACGAAAACUUAUGCUGAAGACAACGAUGAGCCGGUAGCCCAACUACAAGAUGAAGAUGAAGGAGCAGACGAUAUCUUCAGUGACCUUAAGAGCAGGAAAGUCAAUGACGACUACGAGGAAGAAAUUGACGAAGAAGAGGUGAAGCCACAAAAGAAGACCGCCAAACCACUCAACGGUCACGCCAAGAAGGUCCUUGACUCCGAUGAUGACCUAGAAAUGGCUGAGAUACCGGCCUAUGAUGGAUCAGCGGACAGCAAACGAAAGAAACCUGCUGCAACAACUGCUGGUCGGAAGAGAAAGUCUAAAGAUCUCGAAGAGGAUGAAGAAGAUGACUUCUUGGACGACGAGGACGCCACACCGAAAAAGAAACCUAAGAAGGCAGCAGCUACUGCAGCGAAGAAACCCCGGGCUGCAGCCAACAAGGAGGAGCGAGAAGAAAGCAAGGAGAUCAAAUCUAUCCUUGACAACAUUCCUACCGUCCGAGCCCCAACUCCUCCACCAAGGGAUGAAAAUAGAAAAUUCACGUUUGGAGGAGGUAAUGCCGCUGUGGCACCACCAUCAGCAGGAAGUGCAGAAAUACCCGUCGGCGAGGACAACUGUCUUGCAGGUUUGACAUUCGUCUUCACAGGCGUACUCAAUUCCCUGGGUCGAGAAGAAGGUCAAAGUCUCGUCAAGCAGUACGGCGGCAAGGUUACCACCGGUCCUUCUAAGAAGACCAGCUACGUCGUCCUCGGUAACGACGCCGGUCCGAAGAAGCUGGAAACGAUUCGAAACCUGGGCAUCAAAACAAUCGAUGAGAAUGGGCUCUUUGCGUUGAUCAAGGCACUUCCUGCCAAUGGUGGUGAUGGUAAAGCUGGUGAAGCUUAUGCCGAGAAGCAAAAGAAGGAAGAGGCCAAGAUUCGGAAAGAAGCAGAAGAGAUGGAAGCACGAGAAGUACAAAGACGGAAAGAAGCCGAGAAGGCAGCGAAAGCUGCAGCAGUCAGAGGUGGAGCACAAGCACCGGCCAAACCUGCACAACGAAAGGUUGAUGACCGGCUUUGGGUUGACAAGUAUGCUCCAGACUCAACCACCAGUGUCUGCGGCAAUAAAGCUCAAGUCGAUGGCUUGCAGAGAUGGCUACGCAACUGGCCGAAAAGUGCCAAAACUGGUUUCAGAAUGGCCGGUGCUGAUGGAAAAGGAAACCUGCGUGCCGCUUUGCUGUAUGGGCCACCUGGUGUCGGCAAAACCACUGCUGCUCAUUUGGUGGCUAAGCUUGAAGGAUACGAUGUCGUUGAGAGCAAUGCAAGCGACACCCGAAACAAGAAACUGCUGGAAUCGGCCCUGACUGGAGUGCUGGACACGACAUCUCUUCUCGGUUACUUUGCGGGUGAUGGCAAGAAAGUGGAUGCCUCCAAGAAGAAGCUUCUCUUGAUCAUGGACGAAGUUGACGGCAUGUCAGCAGGCGACCGUGGUGGUGUCGGCGCUCUUGCAGCCGUCGCGAAAAAGACGAAUAUCCCCAUGAUCAUGAUCUGCAACGAACGAAAUCAGCCCAAGAUGAAACCUUUCUACAACGUCACAGCGGAGUUCCAGUUCAGAAGACCAACAACAGACAUGAUUCGUGGUCGUAUCGCAACCAUAUUGUUCCGCGAAGGCAUGAAGUUGCCGCCACAGAUUCUGAACGCGUUGAUCGAGGGAUGCAAUGGUGACAUUCGUCAGAUCAUCAACAUGAUAUCGACUAUCAAGCUUGACAGUAAGGACAAGGACCUCGAUUUUACUGACACGAAGGCGAUGUCGAAAGCGUGGGAGAAACAUGUCAUUCUCAAGCCAUGGGACAUUGUUAGCAAGAUCCUGCGACCGCAGAUGUUCGCGCAGAGCUCAACUGCCACUCUGAACGACAAGACUGAACUAUACUUCAACGACCACGAAUUCAGUUAUCUGAUGCUCCAGGAAAACUACCUCAAAACACAACCCACUCUCGCAAAUGGCUACUCUGGCCAGGAAAGAAACCUCAAGCUCCUGGAGCUCGCUGAUAAUGCAGCUUCUAGCAUUAGUGAUGGUGACCUGGUUGAUAGGAUGAUCCAUGGUUCACAACAGCAAUGGAGUUUGAUGCCUACUCAUGCUAUUUUCAGUUUUGUUCGACCUGCUAGCUACGUCUAUGGCAACUUCAGCGGCGGGAACGUCAGCUUCGCUGGCUGGCUUGGUCAAAAUAGCAAGCAAGGCAAAAACACACGCUUGAUCAAGGAGAUCCAGGGUCAUAUGCGACUUCGAUCGUCAGCUGAUCGUCACGAGGUCCGCCAACAAUAUCUGCCAGCACUUUGGAACAAGACCGUGGGAACUCUUCAACAUGACGGCAAGGAGGCGGUUCAAGAAGUUAUCGACUUUAUGGACUCAUACUAUCUGACCAAGGAAGACUUUGAGGCACUUAUGGAACUUGGUGUCGGUCCUAUGGACAUUGAGAAGGUCAAACUCGAGACGGCGACCAAGGCGGCAUUCACUAGACUGUACAACCAACAAAGUCAUCCAAUGCCGUUCGUCAAGGCAAGCAAUGUUUUGGGCAUGGCAAAGGCUGCGACAAAGAGAGACAAGCCGGAUCUCGAAGAGGCGGUGGAUGACUCCGAUGUCGACGCAGAACUCGGUCCAGAUGUGGCGCCGGGUGAUGAGGAGGAAGAGGAACUGGAUUUGAAGAAGGACAAAUAUGUCAAAGUUCCGAAAAAGAAAGCCGCUACUGCUGCACCAAAGGGCAAAGCCAAGAGAAAGAAGGACGAUGAGGAUGACGAGGAGAGUGAAGAACAGCCCAAGAAGAAGAAAGCUGCUGCCGGUGGUGGUAGAGGUGGCAGGAAAGGUAAGGGCAAAGCUUGAAAGCCGGCACUGUCGAAGGCUGAUAUGGUAUGCUUGAGCUGAUGGUGGCACUGUGGAAGAACAAAAAGAUGUACGUUUAUGACUUGUGGCUGGCCGUGUACACAGGUCUGCUCAUGACCCGAAAAUGAUAUUCGGACAAAAGCUAUGUAUCAAUACCAAAGGUUGCAUGCCAUUGGGCUACCAUAUCAUGAGGUGCAACGACCUAGCAUGU